AAUCAUAAAAACCAAGGGGCUUAAGUUAUCCAAUUCGCAAAUGUGUCUCUCCCUCUGCCCAAGUGUCUGACAAUGACGUCCAUUGAGCGUAAUGACUAACAGUGGCCCAUAUAAUAGGAGCGACUGCCCCGCUGGCUGACUAUUGUCUGUCUGUGCACACACAUACAAAUUGGACAUUUGUGCACAACACUUAGGAUAAUAGAUGUUGGGCAGAAGAGCUAGUCAGCCUGGAUAAGAUCACAAGAGGAAUGAUUCAGGAACACAAGAGCCAGAAACACUUUAAGCGGUCAAGAGCAUCUCAACUGAAGAACACUUAAAUAACAUCAACAAGCGAGUGGGACAGGAAGUGAUUGUGUACUGUAUGACGAUAUAUCAAGCCUCACUGCUUCAGGUUGUUCUUCAUCAUCUACCAGCUCUCCCUCACCGGAUAGGUCCCUAGGAAAGGCUCUAUAUCUACUUUAAUCUCAAAAUACAGUGACAAUGCAGACAACAAACGAAGUGAUGUACAACACCACAGAAGGGCGCGAGGACUUCAGCAUUUCUGUAGCGACGACUAAUUUCCCUGCAACCGGUGCCGCUGAGAUCAGCUGUUUUAUCAAUGCCCAGCUAGCUUUUAUAGCAACAGCAAUUGCUGGUGGCCUCAUCCUGAUCCUUCUAACCUCCACCAUAGUGUUGGCAUGUACCGUCUCAAGCCUGAAACGCCACCAGCGGGCCCCUCGUCCAUCCCGAAGCAAUGCAGACCUGGUGAGUGGAACGGGCUACUGGGGUAACGAGAGAAGAGAGGGCGGCAUUGUGGGUCCAUGCGAAACCAGUGUUCUAUUGGAGGAGGUAAAGACAGACGGCGAAGAGGAAGAGAUCCAUGAUGGCGCGGCAGGGCCGAGCCAAUACAUCACCACUUCUAACGCAGCCGGUGACUCCGAGAGCAUCCCGACAGCCAUGCAGAGCUCAACCUCCAGGGAUUCCUGCAUAGAUCCCAUAAGUUUGGAGAAUAUGCCUCUGAUGGUGUAAAGUACAAGAGAUUUUUUUGUGUGCUAGGCUCUGAUGUCAGGCAUUUUACUUCUCUAUUUUGCCUUUAAAAAAAAAAAAAAAGUCUUCAACAUCUACUGCAAUAAAAAAUUAAGUUACAAGGGGCCUAACAAGGUUUAGUUACUGUUUAACUAACUACAAUUUGUGCUCAUCCUGUUAAAAGGAGAUUUCUUGUAAUAUUAGAUGGAUUUGAUGGGUCACAGAUGAGGUCACUGCAGUUUUCUCAUCUCAAACAGCUCUGGAGAUGUUGUGUUUAGUGAUGAUGACAAGGACGAUAAGUAAAUGAAAGUUCUGUGUAUGAUUGUAUAUUUUGUGAAAUUGGUAUUUAACAUCAGCGUUGUCUCACAUUUUGGCAGUUCUUUUUAAUAUGGCAAGCAGCAGCAUUUACCCAGAAAUCGAAGAGCACAUUUACUCGCUGUAGAUGGAAGCGAAAUAGAUGAACGCUAUAUUUGGUGCACAAAUAGCAGACCACAACAUGGGCUUAAAACUGUGUGCUGUAAUUUCUACUGUAAUUUCCACUAGUCACCAAACUGCCAUUAGUCACUCAAACAGUGAAGAUGAAACAACCUAUGAAUGGCUAAUUUAUAUUUGAUUCCAAAUAUAUAGCAGGGAAAAAAUAAAUCACACACUUUUGCUUUAAAAUGGGUAAAGCAAUACCACACAGCCUUAAAAUCAUAUAACAAUGAGCAGGUUUUCCUUAUCAAAACACUGACAUCUCAAUAUAAAAUAAAAUGAAAUGCUAAUGACAAAAAUCCUUGUUCUGUUUAUCAUUUACAACCAGAUUUAUAUAUUUCCUAAGUGUUGCAAUGCUACGGUUAAAGUAGUUGGCAGAUUUUUAAGGUGUUACUGGUGGUUGAAAUGUGGGUGUUCAACUUUCCAAGAUGACAAAAAAAGAGACAUGAGAUAAUUUCCCUUUAGAUGGCUUAUGCUCUACAAAUAAUUCUUAUUCUUACAGAUAAAUUUGAAGAUAAUAACUGUUCUGUUCAAAAAAUGUACAUCAAUGCUUUAAAACAUACCUUAAAAAACAAGCCUCAUAUCUUAGAACAGAGUUAAGAAAAAAAAGUGCUUCUGGUUUUCAUACUCUGUUACCACAGAUUCUUUCCUCAGGAAAAAAAAACUGCUAUUAGCAAAAAAAAAAAAAAAAAAAAAAAACGAAUGCAGCCAUUUCACAGCUUCAUUUCCUGUCAAGUGAAGUGACAGUUCCGUAUUCAUCUCUAUAUACUUCAGUCUUUAACAAAUGCUUCAGAGGAUGCCUGGGUUCUCUAAGGACACCAUGAGGACUACUCUUUGCACGCUUGUCUUGCUCUUCUCUCUACCAUGGAGUCUAAAUGGCCAUUUAACGACCAGCAAUAAGAAUACCGUGGUAACAAACACAGAAGAAAAUGCAUCACAACUGAGGGACUACACUACUGAUUCUGGAACAGAAAAUGUGGUUUCGCUUUCAAGAAGCAUUCAGACGCGACAACUUACGAGUCACUCGGAGCAGCAAGAGAUAAGGCUGAGGACAGCCAAAGGUGAAGAUGAGACAUCAAGGAGAAGGAGGAAUGUACAAUAUGACAAACUCAACUUAACUACAAUGUCGACACACCCUCAAACGCAAAUGCAGGACAAGGUAACUCAAAAGGAACAACAAAAACCAACAGAAAGCUCCCGGACACCACAUACUACAUCUGUUUUUCAAACAGAGAAUGCUACAGAAUUUACAAAAACACCAAAUGCCACAAGGGCAGACGUUUCACCUGAGGAAAAGACAAGCAGUGGAUUUUAUGAGACACAGAAAGCCACUCAAGAAACACCUUCUACUUCUGAUAUCACUGGGCUCCAUGAUGGGCAAGCAAAUAAAACAGUCAUGGAUAGCAGCGAUCUUCCAACAGCCCAGGCCACAAUGGAGACUUCAACCCAACCAAGCCCAAUGACUCAUGCCCACACUUCCGCAAUAGCAAAUGUGACAGAUUUCAAACCGAGCAAAGAUGCAAAAACCAAAGAGGGGAAAAAAGUCACAGACAAGUGGACAAGCACUCAAGGCCCUGUGCGUAAGACUUCAUCUAUGACUACGCCAAAGAUGAUGUUGACGACCACUAGAAAGACCACCAAAAAGCUAAGUCCACCUCCAUCAAAAGACAAGCAGCAAGCAAACCCAGGUUCUGUUGUGGCGGGUGUGAUUGGCACCACGUUUGUCUUGAUGUUCAUAGCCAUUAUCUUUAUCUUGGUAAGGAAACGCAAAAUCCAAAGAAAGCAGCUAGAAAAUUCAGAGUGGGCCGGACCCUCACCGUUUUUGGAUGGCGACGUUCAACCGAACCUGCUUAAUACAGAGGAAUCCGAGGCCAUCAAUCGACAGGGCUUCAACCACAUGUCCAGAUACAUCUCCCAACGGCUCUCCAAACACCUGACAUUCGGGAGGAACUCAAGUGAGGAUGUUCUCAUGGGGGACAUCCUGCAAGGAAGCACGUUUGGCAGACAAAAUCCAGAUGAGGUCCAAGCCCCCAAUGGGGACCCGACAGCUGCUCGAGACUCAAUGGAGACAGAAGAAAACAAAAUCCAGGAAGGUCAAGAACCUGUGGACUCUUCUAAUACCAAAACACCUGGGUCAGGAAGUGAACAAGAAACUGUGAUGGAAAGCAAAGAAUCUAAGCAGCCUGAUGACCUCACUGCAUCUAUGUCUUCUGACCCGGAUACUGUAAUUAAACCUCCUCCACCUUUAGUGUCCAUAGAUCUUGAUUCCCUUUCAGAAGAAGCAGCACCUUUGCAAACAUCAGAUGGUGGGAUUAUUCCACCUGCUCCACCACUGCCCUAAUGUUAUGUGACGAUCUACAAACCAACCAACACACUCAUAUUUU